AUGGUGGAGUUAGCUCAGAGGCAUCAGGUGGAGAACGGAUCUUUCAAGAAUGGGACUUUUUCUGAGCUUCAGUACAUGAUGGAGGAGAGGGCUCCUGGUUGCGGUGUCAGAGUUGAACCACACAUUCGUAGUAGGCACAAGUUGCUCAAGAAGGACUUCCAUGCUGUGCACUUGCUGCGUAAUCAAAGCGGAUGUGGUUGGGAUGAAGUAACAAAGACACCUACACUGGAUGAUGAUGUCUUUGAGAAUAUCGUGAAGGUAAUUUGUCACUUUAACCCAAAUUGCAUCAAAUAUCAGUGA